CAAUGGUUGAACGGGUUCGAAAGCCCUGGAAAAUUGUUCUUUAUGAUUUGUUUCCCUUUUUUUAUUUUUUUUAUUUUAUUUUUAUUUUUUUAUUAUUUCCAAUCUCUACUAAAUCUGUAACUGGCAUCAAGAAGCCCUUGUCUGAAGUUGCCCGUCCAGACGAGAGAAUCCCUAAAAAGGCCCUAUUCUCCUCUGCCACUCUCAAUCCUCGCAGAUUUUGUAUCCUGUGCGUAGACUGGACUGGUAAGAAAUGUCGGGAAAUUUCCCGAAAAAUCGGUAAAAAUACCGAUCGGCGAUAUUCCCGUAAAAUUACCGAAAUUUCCAUCGAUCGACAAUUGGUGACGAAUAUCGUGUCGGAGUCGGCCGAUAAGCGAAAUUUCGGAUAAAUAUCACCAAAAUUUUUCGAUAUUUCAAACACUGCAUGCUUGCUGGGUUUCAAAUCAAAUGGGUUCUUCUUUAGGCACAUAAUUUUGAGGCUUUGAAUGGGUCUUUGCCUCUUUCAAUCAAAUGAAGAACAUCAUUGAAUCGAGAUUAUGUUGAUUUUGGUUUCGCCUAAAUUAAACUUGAGAUCAGAAACCUCAAAUUUUCCACAUGAAUUUGAUCAAGAUCGGCCCAGUUACAGCCCAAUAGUUCAAAAUUUGGGCCGGCCCAUACCUGAGUGAACUCACAUAGCCUAGGCCCUCAGUCAGUCCAAACAAAAGCAUCCAAUUAUCCCUUCUCAGAACGCUGCGUUUCUGUUGAUCUUUGAGUUCAAGGGAUCCGAUCUGCGUCUAAGGCGAUGUCUGAGUUGAAGAGAAUUAUUUAUUUCUGCGUGCAGUCAACAUAAAGUAAAGGCUGUUGCUGUAGCAAGAGAAUAUUCUGUAUAUUCUUUUCUUUGCUUAUAGCCUUGGCUAUGGUUUCUGAAUGAAGAGGUUCUUAGAGAGAUCCAUUAGGGAUGAGAGUAUGCAGUGGAUGGCGGCGUCGCCUUUAUUGUCUCCCUCUCGUUUUGUUCAUUCCUUAUUUUUUGUCUGUUUUGGAAUUGCAUCAAAGCUCAACUAUAGAAGGUUCACAGAAAAAACAUAGUAAGAAAUUUGGUCAUCUGGUUCUUGGGCCUGCUGCUGGUGGGCUUGGGCUUAGAUAGUAUUUCUGGAUUUGAUAUUUUUGGAUAGAACACCCAUAAACACCAAUCACCGGAUUCACCGCCAUGGCAGAAUUCAAUAUACUAGUAUAGCCUAUACAGCUCCGAGCCCCGGACUGCACCCACCGAUCCAUGUGGGCUUCUGUCACUGGUAAUGGCAUUCGAAUUUUGCGUUACUGCUAUGUAUGCCUGCCACCUGUCACGCCCACUCCAUCAUCCCUGUCCGGGCUGUCCCUGCUGACUCGUUUUGGCGUCCUAGUUUCAAUGGAGAACAAUAGCGCUAAGAGCUCUUCCUUCUCUGCUUUUGCUCAUUCCAGUAGAAGUGGUGGUAGGGGAAGAGGUGGGACCAUGAGGGAUGAUCGAGAAAGAUCAAGAGGCCGUGGUGGUGGUGGCGGCGGCAGUUCUGGCAAAGAUAAAAUUGACGCUCUUGGGAGACUCUUGACUCGUAUAUUACGGCAUAUGGCUUCUGAGUUAAACUUGAAUAUGCGGAGUGAUGGGUAUGUCAGAGUUCAAGAUUUGCUAAAGCUGAAUAUGAAAACAUUUGCCAAUAUCCCAUUAAGAUCGCACACAAUUGAUGAUAUUAGGGAGGCUGUCAGGAAGGAUAAUAAGCAGCGAUUUGGCCUCCUAGAAGAAAAUGGGGAGCUUUUGAUUCGGGCAAACCAAGGGCACACAGUAACGAUAGUUGAAUCUGAAAGCUUACUAAAACCAAUCCUUUCGGCUGAAGAAGUUACGGUGUGUGUCCAUGGAAGCUAUAAGAGGAAUCUGGAAUCAAUUUUGGAGUCUGGUCUCAAACACAUGAAGAGAUUGCAUGUUCACUUCUCAUGUGGCUUGCCAAUGGAUGGGGAAGUAAUUAGUGGUAUGAGACGAGAUGUUAAUCUUCUGAUCUUUCUUGAUGUCAGAAAAGCUUUGGAAGAUGGAAUGAAGCUCUACAUUUCAGACAACAAGGUCAUCUUGACCGAAGGUUUUGAUGGUGUUGUGCCUGUCAAGUACUUUGAAAAGAUAGAAUCUUGGCCAGAUCGACAAACCAUUCCCUUUUAAAUGGAGAUCAGGAUGGAAGAUGAGAAAUUCCCUUCAAUAAAAGUCUCUUGACCAGUUUUGAGCAGGAUAAGCCUCUCUUGCUUCAUUAGCAGUCUGCAAUCACAUUCAAAUCCUCUGUUUUUGCCAUGUGUUUGUUACUUUAUUUGUCAAAGUGAAAUUCAAACAGAUGCAGGCAACUGAUACAUUCAUCAACUUUUAUGUCACUUCGAAAAUUUUGUUUGCGAAAGUACCCAAGAUUGUGCUGUAAAUGAAAAGGCUUUCAUAGAAAUGGUAUUCACUGUUAACUA